ACGUCACACGUCACGUGACCGGGCGGCGCGCUGGUUUCAAAACUAACUGCUACGAGGAGAGAAGCGGAGCCGGAACAAUGAGGAGAAGCUCAACCACCAACAGGCAGUCCCUGCAACCUCUGCGGGUGCAAGACACCAACCGGAUGGGGCUAAACACCCCACAGACGAAGGAGCGUCCAGGACUCGGAAAACUAAGUAUAAGCAAACCGCACUCCGGGACCUCCGAGAGGAAGACCAGCUUCUACGGGAGACGGGCCAGUGGUAACAGGAACAGCCAGUAUGGAGCUUUUGGGACCUCUGAGAAGAUUAAGGACCCCCGACCUCUACACGAUAAAUCCUUCAUCCAGCAGUGUAUCCGCCAGCUGUGUGAGUUUCUCAAUGAAAACGGAUACUCGCAGAUGCUGACGGUGAAGUCCUUGCAGGGUCCGUCCACCAAGGAUUUCCUGAAGAUCUUCGCCUUCAUCUACAGCAUCAUCUGCCCAAACUAUGAAAUCCCAGACUCCAAGUUCGAAGAGGAAAUCCCCAGAGUGUUUAAAGAAUUAGGAUAUCCCUUCGCUUUGUCCAAAAGCUCCAUGUAUACAGUGGGGGCCCCGCACACGUGGCCCCAGAUCGUGGCUGCUCUGGUCUGGCUGAUAGACUGCGUUAAGCUCUCCUGUGUACUGAAGGCCGACAACCACGUGUUCGAGGAGCCACAAAUAUCUGAACCAAGUGAUGAUGGCAUCGAAUUCAACCAGCUCUUCCUGGAUUACACUGUCCGGUGCUAUGAACAGUUCAUGGAGGGACGGGACACCUUCGAGGAGAACGAUGCAGAAGUUUCCUCCAAGCUCAAGGACGCCUAUGCCGUGGAGGAGUCUCAAGUGGAUUCUCUGCAGGCCGAGGCUCGGAGACUGAUGGAAGAGGUCGAGCGGCUGGAGAAGGACAAGGAGCGGGAGCCUGACCGUUUGGCCUCCAUGAGGAAGCUGAAGACUUCUCUCCAAGCAGACAUCCAGAAAUACCAGAACUACCUGACGGAGAUGGAGUCUCACUCCACCUUACUGGACCAGCGGGUCAGCAGCCUGAGCGAGGAGCUGGAGGCCACAGAGCUGGAAAGUGAGGCCAUAAAACAGGAGAACGUGCGGCUGAAGAACAUCCUGGACAACCAGAAAUACUCCGUAGCCGACAUCGAAAGGAUCAAAUACGAAGAAAACGAACUGCAGGAGACGAUCGCCAAACUGAGCAAAGAGCUGGAUGAGGACAAACAGCACCUGUGGAGCGAGGAGCUGAAGUACGCCAAGAUCAAGGAGUCGGUGGAGACAGAGGUAGCCGAAUACCAUAAAUUGGCGCGGAAACUGCGUCUGAUCCCCUCCACGGCAGAAAACGCCAACGGCUACGACUUUCAGAUCGAGUGUAACAUGGACAGCACGGGCAGCCUGAACCGCUGCCGGAACAAGAUCAGCCUCCCCCUGCUGGAAGUACUGACAAAAACGGAAGGACAGGUCUCUGCCGCCACCAACAAGAAGAUGGAGGCAGAAGACAUGAUAGAGCAGUUAAAUUUAUUGAUUGAAGAGAAAAGAAACGAUUUGAAGAGUCGGAAAGAAGAAGGACAAAAGCUGGACGAGCUGUGCGCCCAGAAAAUGGAGGAGGCGGACGAGCAGGAGAAGAGAUGGACCUCAGAGAUCGAGUCCUUGGAGAAGCAUCGUCACCUGCUGGAGUCCGGAGUCAACAAGAGUCUGGAUGAAGCCAUGAAGGAUCUGCAGAAGGCUCAGCAGGAGCUGCAGCUGGUGGAACAUCAAACCGAAGAGGAGAUGAGGCAGGUGGGGAACAAGGUGGUCCGGGUGGUGACCGCUGUGGCCUCUCACAUGGCAGCCAUCGAGAAAUUCCUGGAGGAGAAGAAGCUGAAGACAGAGCGGGAGUACGAGGAGUUCAGAGAAGACGAUCUGUUGGGCGACCUCCGGGAAAUGGUGGCAAAAUAUAAGGAAAAGGCCAAAGUCAUAGAGGCCGCGGACAGCAAAUAGAGGCCGUAACUUGUAUGUAGUGCUCCAUGUUCUCACUGCUGUACAUGAUCUGCUACGUUUCCUGUUGUAUGAAGAAUGUUUUAAUAUUGUUACUUUUGUGUUUGUUGUUAUAUAUAUGUGCCCCCCCCCCCCCCCCCCCCAUGUAACAUCCCAGGGUCCCCGUAGUCCUGACGAUGUAGAUCUUCGCUCCCUGUUGGAGUAAGUGGCUGAUCCCCAUAUUUUUAUAGUUGUUGGUGUUACAUGACGUUUUUAAGGAUACUAAUAAAGUUAUGUGUUUAUA